AUGAAGAUAAAUAUUGAUGGACUACUGGUCUAUUUCCCAUAUGAGUACAUCUAUCCAGAGCAAUAUCAUUAUAUGAUUGAGUUAAAGCGUACCAUAGAUGCUAAAGGUCAUGGUGUUUUAGAAAUGCCAUCUGGGACUGGCAAAACAGUUUCACUACUCUCAUUAAUUGUUGCAUAUAUGAAAGCUCGUCCUGGAAUAGUUGAAAAAUUCAUUUAUUGUUCACGUACAGUACCUGAAUUAGAAAAAGUCAUUGAUGAAUUAAAAGUUCUUGAUAAAUAUUAUGCAACGGAAACUAAUGAAAAAGGAUGUGGUCUAUUGGGAAUUGUUCUUAGUUCACGCAAAAAUCUAUGCAUUCAACGUGAUGUAAAACAGGCUGGUGAUGGAGCUGCUGUUGAUUCUGCUUGUUUUCGAUUAACUGCUAGCUUUGUACGUAAAAAACAUAUGACUGACCCGAAUGUUCCCUACUGUAAAUACUAUGAGGAAUUCGAUCUUCACGGUCGAGAUAAUCCGUUACCCACUGGCAUCUACGGUAUGGCUGAUAUCAAAACAUAUGCCAAAAAGCAUAACUAUUGUCCUUACUUCCUUACGCGAUAUGCUAUUUCCUAUGCGAAUAUAGUCGUCUACAGCUACUUUUAUCUUCUUGAUCCGAAAAUAGCUAAUAUUGUCUCACGAGAAUUACCAAAGAAUUCAGUUGUUGUUUUCGAUGAAGCGCAUAACAUUGACAAUGUUUGUAUUGAGUCAAUGAGUUGUUUAAUUACAAGACGUUCUUUAGAAAAAUGUACAACUAGUUUAAAUCUAUUAACACAAACUGUUAAUGAAGCCAAGAUAAACAAUUCGGAACGUUUAAAAGAAGAAUAUCAACGUCUUGUUGAAGGUUUAAGACAAGCAAAGUUAUCAAAAGAGACAGAUUUGGUAUUAGCUAACCCAGCUUUACCAGACGAUAUACUUCAAGAAUCAGUACCAGGAUCACUUCGAAGUGCAGACAGUUUCUUGUCGUUUCUCCGUCGAUUUUUAGAAUAUGUAAAAUUACGUUUACGUAUAGCCCAUGUGGUUCAUGAAACUCCAGUAGCAUUCUUACGUGAUUGUUUAGAAAAAGUUUGUGUUGAUCGUAAACCACUACAAUUCUGCGCUGAAAGAUUACGUUCCCUGCUUCAUACUUUAGAAUUGGCAGAUUAUGCCAAUUUUUCUAGUUUAACUUUGUUAUGUAAUUUUGCAACACUUGUAUCUACAUACACUCGAGGUUUUUGUCUAAUCAUUGAACCAUUUGAUGAACGUACACCAACUAUCAUCAAUCCAGUGUUAUAUUUUCAUUGUAUGGAUGCCAGUUUACCUAUACGACCAAUUAUGUCACGAUUUACCAGUGUAAUUAUUACUUCCGGUACACUUUCACCGCUGGAAAUGUAUCCACGUAUAUUAGAUUUUCAUCCUGUCAAUACAGUAUCUUUUACCAUGACAUUAGCUCGUAACUGUGUUCUUCCAAUGAUUGUAUCCAAAGGUAAUGAUCAAGUUCCAAUGACAACAAAAUUUGAAAGUCGACAAGAUGUUGCCGUAAUACGUAAUUAUGGUCAUUUAUUAGCACAAUUAUCUGCAGUUGUCCCAGAUGGUAUUGUGGCAUUUUUUCCAAGUUAUCAUUAUCUUGAGUCAACAUUUGCCAGUUGGUAUGAACAACAUAUUGUUGAACAAAUUCAAAGAAAUAAAUUGUUAUUUGUUGAAACACAAGAUGCUGAAGAGACAAGUUUAGCAUUGGCUGCUUAUCAUCGGGCAUGUGAAAAUGGACGUGGAGCUGUAUUAUUAUCAGUUGUACGUGGUCGAGUAUCUGAAGGUAUAGAUUUUGAUCAUCAUCUUGGCCGUUGUGUUAUCAUGUUCGGUGUACCGUAUGUGUAUACACAGAGUCGAAUAUUCAAGGCUCGUUUAGAUUUCCUUCGUGAACAAUACAAUGUUCGACCGAAUGAAUUUAUUACAUUCGAUGCAAUGCGUCACGCUGCACAAUGUUUAGGACGAGCUAUUCGUGGUAAAUCCGAUUAUGGUAUUAUGAUUUUAGCGGAUAAACGUUAUGCUCGCGCAGAUAAACGUUUUAAAUUACCCGGUUGGAUACAAUCCCAAUUACAAGAUGCAUUUAUUAAUUUAUCUAUAGAAGAAUCAAUACAAGCAUCAAGACGUUUUUUACGUUUAAUGGGUCAACCAUUUAAUAAAGAUGAUCAAUUAGGUUUAGCAUUAUUAACACGUGAACAUAUUAAUAAAUUAAUUAUACAAAAUCAAACUAAUUCAGUCAUUUCAAUGAAUAAAAUGAAUAAUAUACAAAUAAUAAAUAAUUCAACUCAACCAAGAACUGUAACCACAGCGUUGCCAUUGAAAUGA